CCCCUGGCUCCCAGCAUGCUUUGCGCAGCGCGCCAAGGGCUGACGCAGAGCGCGCCGGGAGGCGAGGCGGAAGCACCCCCCCGUGGAAGUCUGUGGGGGGCGCCUCCGUUUCCUGUGCCUGGCUGGAACGGCCUGGGGUCCAGCGUCCUCCCCGAGCGCAGGGGGUCACCGGCGCUCGCCCCGGAAGUUCCCCUCGUUUCCAGCUCGUGGCCGCGGCAGAGGGGCUUCGGCGCCCCCGGAAGUUGCCGGCCCCCCACAGCUGCUCUGCUAAAAUGGCGCCUCUGGACUUGGAUAAGUACGUUGAGAUUGCGCGGCUCUGCAAGUACCUGCCCGAGAACGACCUCAAGCGCUUAUGUGAUUAUGUGUGUGACCUACUGCUGGAAGAGUCAAAUGUGCAGCCAGUGUCUACGCCAGUUACAGUUUGUGGAGAUAUACAUGGACAGUUUUAUGACUUAUGUGAACUGUUCAGAACUGGAGGUCAGGUUCCUGACACAAACUACAUAUUUAUGGGUGACUUUGUAGACAGAGGUUACUAUAGUCUUGAGACUUUCACCUACCUUCUUGCACUAAAAGCUAAAUGGCCUGAUCGUAUCACACUCUUGCGAGGGAAUCAUGAGAGCAGGCAGAUAACACAAGUGUAUGGAUUUUAUGAUGAGUGCCAAACCAAAUACGGAAAUGCAAAUGCCUGGAGAUACUGUACCAAAGUCUUUGAUAUGCUGACAGUAGCAGCUUUAAUAGAUGAGCAGAUUCUCUGUGUACAUGGUGGCCUAUCUCCUGACAUCAAGACACUGGAUCAAAUUCGAACCAUUGAACGCAAUCAAGAAAUUCCUCACAAAGGAGCCUUUUGUGACCUUGUCUGGUCUGAUCCAGAGGAUGUUGAUACCUGGGCAAUUAGUCCCCGAGGAGCAGGCUGGCUGUUUGGUGCAAAGGUCACAAAUGAGUUUGUUCAUAUCAACAACUUAAAACUCAUCUGCAGAGCACAUCAGCUAGUGCAUGAAGGCUAUAAAUUCAUGUUUGAUGAGAAGUUGGUAACAGUAUGGUCUGCUCCAAAUUACUGUUACCGUUGUGGAAAUAUUGCAUCAAUCAUGGUCUUUAAAGAUGUAAAUACAAGAGAACCAAAGUUAUUUCGUGCAGUUCCAGACUCAGAACGCGUAAUUCCUCCUAGAACAACUACACCGUAUUUCCUUUGAGAUCUUUUCCCAUCCUGCUGUUUCCCCAUUUCCUUGUACUAUCCCUCUGUACUUUUUAUUGAGCACUUUGCUGCUGAAAUGCUGCCUCUUGCCUUUUUUAUUUUUAAAUUAUCUAAAUGUAUUGUGUAUUAUGGUGUCUGUAGCAGUGUGUCUCUAUUUCCUCCUCUCCCCCCCACAUGCCCUCCCUCAUUUGAGAAUGCUUGUGAAAUGUCUGACAUUUAUUUAUCCCGGUGGAUGUAGUUUUUGCAUAUGUCUGUUUUUAAGUUAAACAUUUUUUUCCCUUUACAAAAAAAAUCAUAAUACAUUGGAACUCUUGAUUCCAUUCUAUCAUUCAACUUUUUGUUUGGUAAGUUUUAAGAAAUUUCAGCAGCAAAGUUAUUACCUAGUGUGCACAAUGGGACUGUAAAUGCGUUGUGUUGUGUACACAUGUCCAAGAUGUAAAAUUGAAUUGUCCUUGUUAGAUUUUGUUUUAAGAGAAUAUAAAAGUGGUCUAAAGGGCUGUCUCUUCCUCUCCCCCUUUUUUUUUUAAGGAUUCCAAUAAAAAUACAAAAAACUGAUACAGCUAUUGAAUUUGUAUAUUAUAAUAAUUGUUCUGAUUUUUCAGAUACCUUGUAUUUUUAAUAAAGUCAUAUCUUAAAUAAAACCCACCUAGGUUAAAUAUUGCAAAUAAAAAUCCUACUUUGUUGAUGUGA